AGGAGAGAGAGAGACUGGGGCCGGCGGCGGCGCGUACGCGCACCGGGCUGAGCGCCUUUUCUCUCAGCCGCGGCGCCGUGCUUUGCGGCUGCCGUCAAGCGCGGCGCGGGCGGCGGGCGGCGCCGAGGGGCGGCCAUGGCGGCGGCGGGCCGGCUGCCGGGGGCCUGGGCGCUGCUGGCGCCGCUCCUUGCGGGGCUCGCGCUGCUGGGAGUCGGGCCGGCCCCGGCGCGGGCGCUGCACAACGUCACAGGCGAGCUCUUCGGGGCCGAGGCCUGGGGCACCCUGGCGGCCUUCGGAGACCUCAACUCCGACAAGCAGACGGACCUCUUCGUGCUGCGGGAAAGAAAUGAUUUAAUCGUCUUUUUGGCAGACCAGAAUGCACCUUAUUUUAAACCUAAAGUAAAGGUAUCCUUGAAGAAUCACAGUGCAUUGAUAACAAGUGUAGUCCCUGGGGAUUAUGAUGGAGAUUCACAAAUGGAUGUCCUUCUGACAUACCUUCCCAAAAAUCAUGCCACUGGUGAAUUAGGAGCUGUUAUCUUCUGGGGACAAAAUCAAACAUUAGAUCCUAACAAUAUGACCAUACUCAAUAGGACUUUUCAAGAUGAGCCACUGAUUAUGGACUUCAAUGGUGAUCUUAUUCCUGAUGUAUUCGGUAUUACAAAUGAAUCCAGCCAGCCACAGAUACUGUUAGGAGGGAAUUUAUCAUGGCAUCCUGCAUUUACCACUAAAAGUAAAAUGCGAAUUCCACAUUCUCAUGCUUUUAUUGAUUUGACUGAAGAUUUUACAGCAGAUUUAUUCCUCACGACAUUGUCUGCCUCUAGUACCUUCCAGUUUGAGAUAUGGGAAAAUUUGGAUGGAAACUUCUCUGUCAGUAGUGUAUUGGAAAAACCUCAAAAUAUGUUGGUGGUUGGACAGUCAGCGUUUGCAGACUUUGAUGGAGAUGGAUACAUGGACCACUUACUACCAGGGUGUGAAGAUAAAAACUGCCUGAAAAGCACCAUCUACUUAGUGAGAUCUGGGACAAAGCAGUGGGUUCCAGUCCUACAGGAUUUCAGCAGUAAGGGCACACUCUGGGGCUUUGUGCCAUUUGUGCAUGAGCAACGACCGCUUGAAAUACCGAUUCCAAUUACCCUUCAUAUUGGAGACUACAACAUGGAUGGCUAUCCAGAUGCUCUUGCCAUACUGAAGAAUACAUCUGGAAGCAAUCAGCAGGCCUUUUUACUGGAGAAUGUCCCUUGUAAUAAUGCAAGCUGUGAGGAGGCACAUCGUAUGUUUAAAGUCUACUGGGAGCUGACAGACCUAAAUCAAAUCAAGGAUGCCAUGGUUGCCACCUUCUUUGACAUUUAUGAAGAUGGAAUCUUAGAUAUUGUAGUCCUAAGUAAAGGAUAUACAAAGAAUGAUUUUGUCAUCCAUACACUAAAAAAUAACUUUGAAGCAGAUGCUUAUUUUGUUAAAGUCAUUGUUCUUAGUGGUCUGUGUUCUAAUGACUGUCCUCGUAAGAUAACACCCUUUGGAGUAAAUCAGCCUGGACCUUAUAUCAUGUAUACAACUGUAGACGCAAAUGGGUAUCUGAAAAAUGGCUCAGCUGGCCAGCUCAGCCAAUCAGCACAUUUAGCUCUCCAGCUACCAUACAAUGUACUUGGUUUAGGUCGAAGUGCAAACUUUCUUGACCACCUUUAUGUUGGUAUUCCCCGUCCAUCUGGAGAGAAGUCUAUACGAAAACAAGAGUGGACUGCAAUCAUUCCCAAUUCUCAGCUAAUUGUCAUUCCAUACCCUCACAAUGUCCCUCGAAGCUGGAGUGCCAAACUGUAUCUUACACCAAGUAACAUUGUUCUACUUACUGCUAUAGCUCUCAUCGGUGUCUGCGUUUUCAUCUUGGCAAUAAUUGGCAUUUUACAUUGGCAGGAAAAGAAAGCAGAUGAUAGAGAAAAACGACAAGAAGCUCAUCGGUUUCAUUUUGAUGCUAUGUGACUUGCUUUUACUAUUACAUAAUGGAAUGGCUGUUCAGUUGAUUAGCUGAAAUACUAAAUUCUGGCUUAUAGAAGAAAAUAGGGGAGUUUGAAUAUUAUUUAUAAAUGAUGCAUCCCUUGGUGAUUAUUGGAAAGUAUUCAAAUAAAUAUGGUCUGAAUGUGUCACAAGGUCCUUUUUUUAAAAAAGCACUUUGUAUACAAAAAUUUUGUUUCUUUAUUCAAUAGUGUUGUACAUUUUUGUUCCUUUGUGGAAUGUGUUGCAUGUACUCCAGUGUUUAUGUAUUUAUAAUCUUAUUAGAGUAAUGAUGAUGGAAAAAGACGUGUAAAUAAAAAUAUUUAAAUAAGCGGGAAUUUUUGUGUUCCACUGGAAUUGGUCUUGCUUCUUAUUCUAAGAAUACAAUUAUACUUUUGUGAAUGUAUCUCAGACUUAUUAAAACAUUCACCUUCAUUACAGCAGGUCAGGGGUAUCUCACUAGUGGCAUACAAUACAGUUACUGGGUACGCUGGUAUUGCAGUCAGACAGACUUGCCUUAAACUUCUGGUUCCACCUCUUUCAAGGUUAUUAUUUAAACUUGGCUGUUGCUUAAUCUCUCUAAGCCUCAGUUUUCUUGUUUGUACAUUAGGGCUAAUAUUACUUACGUGAGUUAUUGUAAACAUUAAAUGGGAUGAUGUAUGUAAAGUGCUCAGCUUGGUGCCUAGCACAGAGUAAGUGCUCAGUAAGUGGUAGUUGUCAUUAUUAAUAUUUUAGAUGGUUUUAUUAGACUUCUACAACUAAUUAUCAGAAUAUAUACACUCAACAGAAUUUUAUUUUCAGGCAUGAAGAAAUCAUGUUCUUUAGAAAACGUAAAUUCUUGGUGAUUGACAUCUUAUAUAAAGAUUACUUGCUCGUAUUAACUAAAAAUUAUAUUACUGUACUCUCUAAGAAUUAAUGUGCCCUAAAAAUUUUCAUUUGGAAACUGAUCCUUAUCAUGUGAUAAUGAAGAGCAUUUGAUUUCUUGAAAGGAAACUGCCUUGGCAGCAUCUGGAAAUGCAAAUCUUCAAUCACAUUUCUAUUCUCAAAGGCUUGGAGAAGUCUAUAAUUUACAUUCAGACCUCAAUGCAAAUUUUAUAUUGUGAACUUCACAUUGCCAAAAAAUUGUUUUAGAAAGACUUAAAUCUAAGAUUGGGGGGAAAGUUUAUAUAUCAAUGGUAAUAAUUUUCUAAUAUGCAAAUAGGUAUGUGAUGGCUAUAAAACAUAAAAAUUUCUCUGAAAACAA